AUGUCGCGGUACCAGGUGCUCAAUGCACUAUCCCGUAUUUUACAGGCGGGGCCUGGUUCAGAAGGCGAACCGGUGACCGAUGCAGAAAAGGGCAAGGAGAGGGCUCCCGAGCUAGAACUCAGGAUGGACGACAUAUGCCUGGAAAAGAAACCCUCCUCAACUCUCAGCAUCUCGACCGAUCGUCUCCGUCCACCUGGCCCCUCCCGCAUUUCAUGGAAGAGUCCAAGUAGUGUACCAAACAGCCCGGGAUCCAUCACUCGCUCCGCCUCGUCCCCAUCGCUCUUAGAUAACUGCAAGCGGUCAUCUCUCCGGCGGAUGAGCUCGCAGUCUCUGAAGGUCGAUUCGCCGCAUGACACAGAGUCGCAGCGCGACAGUAUCCCCUUCGCGCCGCUGAACCUCAAGCCGCUCUCGCCCAUCACAGAAGUGCACUUCCCCCCCGUGCGGCGACCCUCACUCGACUCAAUCCCGCCCAUCUUGGACUCGACGCGCUUGCACGAGGGACACGCCCAAGCCGCCCACCCAGCCUUCAUCACGCGCACGCUCAACCGCUCGAUUAGCCAGGCGUCCACAAGCUCGCUCCGCUCGACCGCGUCGGCUGCACCCACGAUCCCGCCGCUGGACCUUCGCCCGAAUUUCCAGGCCACGCUUGGCAUCCCUCCGGGCCCGCGCAAGCCACGUAUGGGCGGCGCCACUAUACCCACGGGAACAAGCAACAUGACGCGCCCGCAGAAGUACUCGGUCAUUUAUGAGGACGGGGCUUCUGCGCGAACCUCGAGUUUCGUCACAGCUCCAUCCGACGGUGACACCGAGCCACAGUUUCUCCCGGAGGAUGUGCCGCACAUGGACGAGCCGGGAUAUGCCCUAUCCGUGCACGCCAGCGCUGAAGGGACAGACGACGUGCCCGUGGACACGCUCCCCGCGGGUCUUUAUGACGUUCCUUUAACGGCGGAGCCACGCGGCCGGCCAACGAGCGUGCACACGCAUCCCUCCGCGUCUGCCUCGCAGCGGUCAACCUCACCCACCGAGUCUAUUAUCCACAAGCGGUGGCUCAAGGGUGUGUCGUUUGGGAGUGAUCGGUUCGUUGUUCCCUCUGCACGACUGCAGAAGUGGCAGGUCACCACUGCAUGCGUCCUAUUCUGGCUAGGCUUCGUCGGGCCUUGGUGUUGGCUUAUCGGGGGGUGGAUCCUCUCAGAAGGGGAGGAGACUAGAUCGGGAGGUAAACGGGAGUCGCUUCUUCCCUUAUGGGCCAGGAGGGGGAAGAGAGGUUCAGGGGAGAAGGGCAAGAUGCCAGCGGAAAAGGGCAAGUUGUUAGGGGAGAACGAUAAGAUGCCAGCAAGCAACAAGAAAACUGGGCGCAAGUCGUGGUACCCGCUGGUCGCUCCGUCGUUGGAGACAUUGACACCGUCCGUGCACAGCGAUAUCGAUAUAUCGUUCACACCAACACGGAGAAUGAAGAGAGACAGUAGGGUGGUGACCGAUCCGUGGAUUUUCAGGUGUCGCGUUGCAGCCAUUGCAAGUGGAAUCUGUAUUCUUGCUGCGUUCAUAGUGGCUUUGGUGUUUGCUGGCGGUGUUCGGGCGUGA